CACAAAACUAAAAAGUCUAAAACCAAGACCCAUAUUUGAUAUUUCCUUGUUUCUUUCUUUCCCUUCCUUGUUUCCCUCUAUUUCUUGAUUCUUCACAAUCUCUGAAGUCUGAACACUGAAAAACCUCUUAUGGGUCUAUCGUUUCUUAUCCUUCUCCUCUUCAUCUUUUUUAUUUUCGGCUUAAUUUUUAUAGCGUUGGACGGAUUUUGAGUAGUUGUAUGUGUAAGCAUGAUUCAAUUGUGUGGGUUGGAAUCAUUCUGGGUUGUGUUAUUUAUUUGGAGACUUUGUCAGAUUCCACAAAAGGAAAAAUAAAAUCUAAAUGGAUUUUGGGUCUCUGUUCGCAUCUGAUGUGUUCCAUUUACUCUCUUUGAGACCGUCUCUUAGAUCUGUUUGCUGCUGUGCUCGAUCCACUGCUUUGUUCCCGCUUUAUCACUCACUCUCAAGGUCAGAUCAUCACAUUUUACGAUAUAUAACUAUUGCUUUAGCUCUGUAUACUCGUUUUUCAAUUUUAAUUGCUAAGUAGAAUCAGUUCAGUUAUUCUAGCUGAUUAGCUAAAGCUUGAAGUUUUUGCUGUUUUUAAAAAUAAACAGUGUAGUUCGUUUGGUAUCGAGCGUCUGGGUAUUAAUGCUUGGAGCAUGAGAAUUUGAUGAUGUAUAGUUACUUGAAAAGUUAUAAGGUGGUUGGUAUUUUUAAUGGGUUUUUAAGAUUUUGUUUAAUUUUUUUCAUUUUGCAUAUUCUUAUGGUGCAAAGUGAGAUAAGCUCUCCAUAUCAGAGGUCCUGUAUCUCUUUUUCGUAAGGUAUAUGUUUGCUAAUGGGUAACGGCACUUCUCGUGUUGUGGGUUGUUUCGUGCCGUUUAAUGGAAAAAAUGGUGUUGAUUUAGAAUUUUUAGAGCCGCUGGAUGAGGGAUUAGGCCAUUCAUUCUGUUAUGUUAGACCAUCGAUUUUUGACUCUCCUGCCAUUACCCCUUCAAACUCUGAGAGGUUUACAGUUGAUUCUAGCACCCUAGAUUCUGAAACUUUAAGCGGGUCGUUUAGACAUGAUGCAAUAGAUGAUCCCUCUGGUUUGCACAGACCGAACAAGACUUUCCCUGAAACUACUUUUAAAACCAUAUCGGGGGCAUCAGUUAGUGCCAAUGUUUCAACUGCUAGAACUGGUAACCAGAGUGCAUUGUUUGCUAGUGACAUGCAAGAGCCUGCUGCAUCAUUUGAGAGCACCUCCUCAUUUGCUGCAAUCCCUUUGCAGCCAGUGCCUCGUGGCUCUGGACCUUUGAAUGGAUUUAUGUCUGGGCCCCUUGAGAGAGGUUUUGCUUCUGGUCCUUUAGAGAGGGGCAGUGGUUUUAUAUCUGGACCAAUUGAGAAGGGGGUAAUGUCAGGUCCUCUUGAUGCUGCUGACAAAUCCAACUUUUCUGCACCCCUUGCGCAUGGUCGUAGAAGACCCCGCUUUCAGCGGCUAGUGAGCAGGGUGAGUGGACCAAUGAAAAAUACACUCUCGCGGACAUUCUCAAAGCAUUCAAUUGGGGCAGGUUGGAUGCAGAGGCUUUUCUUGCAUCCAGCAACCCAAUUGGCCUGGCAUAUUAGGGAGCCAAAGUUCCGACCAGAAGCAUCACGACAUGUCGAAGGUGGAUCAUCACAAGGGGAGUAUGUGAACAGUCGUAACUUACAGUGGGCUCAUGGGAAGGCUGGUGAGGAUAGGGUUCAUGUUGUGCUUUCUGAAGAGCAAGGAUGGUUGUUCAUUGGGAUUUAUGAUGGCUUUAGUGGCCCAGAUGCACCAGAUUUUCUCAUGAGCCAUCUUUAUAGAGCUAUAGACAAAGAAUUGGAAGGAGUACUAUGGGAUUAUGAAGAUAAAUCUGUAAGUGGUGCAAUAAAAUCAGAAAUUUCUAAGUGCAUAAAUGCUGAGGUUGGUUCAAAGUGUGGGAAUGAAAACCAGCCAAAUUCUAGUCAAGUAACUUCUUGUAGUUCAGAAGCAGUGUGCAAUCCUGGAGUUGUCAGGGAUCAAUCUUCAAAUUGUGAAAUAGUAGAGGAACGUGAUGAUACUAGGAGCAGUCAACUGCAAUCAUCUAUCUGUAACAGGCCUAGCAUCUCAGGCUCUGCUUCUCUUCCAACUGUCAACUUGACUGGCCAGGGAAGGAAAAGUAUGCGGCUGUAUGAGCUGCUACAAAUGGAAUCAUGCAAUGAGCUAGGUUUUGUUUCAUUGUCUCUGGUUGAAAGUGAAAGGAGGAAUAUAGGGGGUUUUCAGCCUAGUUCAGAUCCUUCGGAUUCCAGACUGACUUUACAAGAUCAGCAAAGAUCUUGUACACUGAAUAAUGAUAAUAUUGAUGGUUGUAAUCAACAAGGUGAAGAUCCCUCAACCUCUGGUGAGGAUGGAGGGAUUGGGUUUGAAUCUAGUAAUCCAGAAGUCAUAACUGAGCUUAAUGUUUCACUUCAACGACAGAGUACAAGAAAGUCUAUUAUUAGUUCAAAGAUCAGAAAAAUGUAUAGAAAGCAGAAGUCGUUGCGUAAAAAACUCUUUCCUUGGAGUUAUGAUUGGCAUAGAGAGGAGAUCUGUGAUGAUGAGAGAGUUGCAGACCCCCCUGGACCUAUCAGGAGAUGUAAAUCAGGAAUUGUUGAUCAUGAUGCGGUUUUAAAAGCAAUGUCACAAGCACUUGAAUGCACUGAAGAGGCAUACAUGGAGAUGGUGGAAAAGACCCUUGAUAAAAAUGCAGAGCUCGCCUUGAUGGGUUCUUGCGUUCUUGUAAUGAUAAUGAAGGAUCAAGAUGUGUAUAUUAUGAAUCUUGGGGAUAGCCGUGCAGUCUUGGCACAGGAGAGGCCUAACGAUUGCCAUCCAAACCCCUAUUUUGCCAAGGAUGACAUAAGGCACAGGAACAGAUCCAGAGAGUCAUUAGUACGCAUGGAGCUGGACAGAAUUUCUGAGGAGUCCCCAGUUCAUAAUCAAAACAGUCAAGUCAAUAUGAUCAACAAGAAUAGAGAGAUCUCCACUUGCAGAUUGAAGAUGAGGGCAGUUCAACUUUCAUCUGAUCACAGCACAAGUAUUGAACAGGAAGUGUUUAGAGUGAAGGCAGAACAUCCUGAUGACAACCAAGCCAUUCUGAAUGAUCGCGUGAAGGGGCAGUUAAAAGUAACUAGAGCAUUUGGUGCUGGAUUUCUGAAGAAGCCAACUUGCAAUGAAGCGCUUUUAGAGAUUUUCCGGAUCAAUUACGUGGGAAAUAAUCCCUAUGUUAGUUGCAUUCCUUCUGUCGUUCACCAUCGACUUUCCUCAAGUGACCGGUUCUUGGUUCUUUCCUCUGAUGGGCUUUACCAGUACUUUAGUAAUGAAGAGGUAGUUGCCCAUGUCACGUGGUUCAUGGAAAAUGUCCCUGAAGGUGAUCCUGCACAGUAUCUCAUUGCAGAGCUUCUUUUUCGUGCUGCCAAAAAGAAUGGGAUGGAUUUUCAUGAACUGCUCGACAUUCCUAAUGGAGAUCGGCGUAAAUAUCAUGACGAUGUCUCUGUGAUGGUUGUUUCUUUGGAGGGAAGGAUCUGGAGAUCAUCAGGAUAAUUGUUUUUGCAUUUGCAUGUUGCCUCCACAAUGUAACUAUUGUCAAGCAAGGGGUAAUCAUCUAUGCAGUCCAGGUUUUAAAAUCAGUCUUGACAUUCUUUUGACAUUUUCCUUUUCUUUUUUUCUUGGGAUGGUAAAGAUGCUCGUGGAAAAAAAGCUAUUUUGCCAUCCUGUCUAUUCCUUUGAAUGUUCAUUCCCUUGGGGGUCAAAGUUUUGAAUCUACAACUGCCUUUCAUUAGAGAGUA